UUCGUUAGUGGACGUGCCGGCGAUCGCAUCUGGGAAGAAGAGCUGGAGAAAGCUCGCCGAAAAUUAAGAAUCGGUCUUGAGUUAAUCAGCAAAUCCCCCGAAACAAACCAUAUAUUUUUGUAGUAAACAUAAAAACAAACAAAAAAAAAAGCUAAAAACCAUAACAAACCAAAUAAACUGAAAAGUGUUUUAUCUUCGCCCUUCGCGAAGAUAUAGAGAUAUCCCCGGAAAACACCUUGUAAAUGAUUUCAAAGUGAGUGUAAACAGAAACUGUUCAACAUACGCCAUGUGCCGGGUAUAAGCGUGAAUAAAUUACAAUUACACGCGUCAAACUGCUCAGCAAAAUAUGCUAGUGAAAAGUGCCACAACAGCAAAAGGAGCCGCACUUUCCAGGUCCUCGGCUGCAGCAAUAAUUUGAGGGAAAGCAGGAAAAGCGAGGACAACCAGGGAAAACCCAUCCAGCGAAAAGGAUGCACUAAGCCCGAGGAGGAGCCCACCCAUCGCCCGUCUCUUUCCGGCACGCUCCCCUGUCGCCGUCUUUUUCUAUCGAAGAACCAGCGCGGAAGAAGCAGCACAGAGACAAAAUGAAUAUUGGCAUCGCAGCACCGAAAUGGGAUAAAUUGUCGCCACGCGAGUUUUUGCAGCUGCAGGAGUUGGCCUCAUAUUCCACCCGAAAGCUGCAGGAUGUGCUGCGGGAGUUCAGCUCGCCGAGUGCCGCCACCACGCCCAAGUGCAUUCCGGAUGGGGACAUUGAUUUCGACGGGUUCCGGCGCUUCCUGGACGCCUUCCUCGACUGCGAGGCGCCGCUGGACCUGGCCAAACAUUUGUUUGUGUCCUUUCUUAAGCCGAAUGUCACCCAGGCCCAGCUGCAUGGCCGGGCACUUAAUCAAAUGGCCGCCAUCAGCAGCACGGCCGCCUGUGCGCCGGUCACGUCGCACACGAAGGGCUCCAUACCAAACAUCAAUAGCAUUGCCGAGCUGAUGCCGCAGUGCAGCGGAGGCGGAGGCGGCGUCGGCGGCACGGGGGGCGUGGCCGGGGCCGAGGGACACGCACAAGCCCGCAGCAGCUUUGUGGACAAAAUCCACGGCAUCACGGAUAAAUUACAGCACUCGCUGGGCGGACAUCUAUCCCACGAUCCCAGCAAGACGGGCAGUGUCCAUCCGAUGCUCACGGUGACGCCGAGUCCCUUGGCCAGCGGACCCAGCAUGUUCCAGGCGAGCAAUCCGGCACGUCGCUCCGUGGACUCCAGUCCCUCGCACUCGGCCACCAACCACUCGCAGAUGUCCCGCAACUCCUCGAAGAAGAGCAGCAAUUCGGUUAAUUGCAAAAUUGAUGCUGACAUGAAGCUCCUCGCGCGAAAACUCUCCCAUUUCGAUCCGCUUACACUCAAGGUCCCGCUGAAGGAUGUCGUCUGCUAUUUAUCACUGCUCGAGGCAGGACGUCCGGAGGACAAGCUGGAGUUCAUGUUCCGGCUGUACGACACGGACAGCAACGGAGUCCUGGACACGGCCGAAAUGGACGCCAUUGUCAACCAGAUGAUGGCCGUGGCCGAAUAUCUCGGCUGGGAUGUCAGCGAACUGCGUCCGAUACUGCAAGAGAUGAUGGUUGAAAUCGACUACGAUGCCGAUGGAACAGUGUCCUUGGACGAGUGGCAGCGAGGCGGGAUGACUACGAUUCCACUGCUGGUGCUCCUGGGUGUCGACAGCACCACGCUCAAGGAGGAUGGCAUCCACGUGUGGCGCCUGAAGCACUUCAGCAAGCCGGCGUACUGCAACCUCUGCCUCAACAUGUUGGUGGGUCUCGGCAAGAAGGGUCUCUGCUGUGUGCUUUGCAAGUACACGGUUCACGAGCGGUGCGUGCAACAUGCCCCCGCGUCGUGCAUCACCACCUACGUGAAGUCGAAGAAACCAAAGUGCGGCGGGGACCUUCUGCAUCACUGGGUGGAGGGCAACUGCUAUGGACGGUGCUCCAAGUGCCGCAAAAGGAUAAAGGCCUACCACGGAAUCACCGGACUUACCUGCCGCUGGUGUCACAUGAUGCUCCACAACCGCUGCGCCUCUUCGGUGAAGAAGGAGUGCACCUUGGGUGAAUACGCCGAGCUGAUUGUCCCGCCCACAGCCAUCUGCCCAGCGGUUCUGGACCGCCAGCGAUCCGUGAACCAGGCCCACAAGAAAUCCCAAAUGCAUCACCACCAGGCCACCCACUUCCAAAUCACGCCGCCGGACGAGCUGAGCUGCCCGCUGCUGGUGUUCGUCAAUCCGAAGAGCGGCGGUCGCCAGGGGGAUCGCAUCCUGCGGAAGUUCCAGUACAUGCUCAAUCCGCGCCAGGUGUACGACCUGUCCAAGGGCGGGCCCAAGGAGGGACUCACGCUCUUCAAGGACCUGCCCCGCUUCAGGGUCAUUUGCUGUGGCGGCGAUGGCACCGUCGGCUGGGUUCUGGAGGCCAUGGAUUCCAUCGAGCUGGCCAGCCAGCCGGCCAUUGGAGUGAUUCCCCUGGGAACGGGCAACGACCUGGCCCGCUGCCUCCGCUGGGGCGGCGGCUAUGAGGGCGAGAACAUCCCGAAACUGAUGGACAAGUUCCGAAGAGCCUCCACCGUGAUGCUGGACCGCUGGAGCAUCGAGGUGACCAACACCCCGCACAGCGAAGAGUUGCGGCCCAAGGUGACGCUGCACUCGAACAUGCAGAAGGUGAUUGAGCUGUCGCAAAGUGUUGUGGUCGACAAAUCGCUGAUGGAGCGCUUCGAGGAAAUCCAGCGGCAGAGCAAGCAGGUGGCCACGACCAUGGGCACAGCGGCCUCCAGCACAUCGAUUAUGAUGGCCAGCAAAACGGAAACGGAAAUGGAAACAAUGGCCACCAUGGAGUUCGGCAGCAGCACGACCACAGCCAACAGGACGACCACGACCACGACCAAGAGCAUUUCGAUGUCCACGUUCGAGACGCAGUGCCUGCAACAGACCCUGCGGAGAGCGAUGAGCAGCAGCAGCAGCAACACGAGCUGCGGUAGUCCUUGCAACGGCAACCAGGAUGUUGAAGCGGAAGUAGAUCCCCAUUCCGUUGGCGUGGCCGAAGUCCGGGAAAAGUGCUUGCCCAGGAGGUCGGGUGAAACGGAAAAGCAAUCACUUGAGACGCUGCUGCUGCAGCACAAAAAGCAGAUGCAACAGCAGGAGCUGCAGCAAGGAGCCUCUUCGCUGGCUGCCGAGGAAGCUGCAACAGCAACGCCAUUCGGGAAUAAUCAAAGCGAUAAUAAUAGCCAGUGCAAUAAGCAAAACAACAUCCUUAAGCAGCAAAUUACAUUGUCAUUGGACUUGUCCGACCAUGAAGACGAGCCCAAGGAAGGCGAUGGCGAUGGCGGGGGCGAUGGCGCGAGGAGCAACGGCAACAGCAUUCCGGCAACACCAGUCACACCAAUCACACCCACCACUCCGAAUGCCACGUCAAGUGUGCCGCCGCAGCAGCAGCAGCAACAGCAUCUCCAGUUCGAGCAGCAACAGAAGCCCAUCAAAGUGCAAUCCGACAAGGACUGCACGGUGCCCUACAACAUAAUCAACAAUUAUUUCUCCGUCGGCGUGGACGCCGCCAUCUGCGUCAAGUUCCACCUGGAGCGGGAGAAGAACCCGCACAAAUUCAACAGCCGCAUGAAAAACAAGCUGUGGUACUUCGAGUAUGCAACAUCCGAGACGUUUGCGGCAUCCUGCAAGAAUCUACACGAGAGCAUCGAGAUUGUGUGCGAUGGCGUGGCCCUGGACUUGGCCAACGGACCCCACCUGCAGGGAGUGGCGCUUCUCAACAUCCCGUACACACACGGCGGCUCCAAUCUUUGGGGCGAGCACCUGUCCCAGAAGCGGAUCCGCAAGAGCGCUGGGCCCUUCGGCAAGAGCAAGAAGCUCCGGGCGGGCGACAAAGAGUUCUCCGCCACCAGCUUCAACUCCGUGGACCUCUCGGUGGCCAUUCAGGACUUUGGAGAUCGGCUAAUCGAGGUGAUUGGGCUGGAGAACUGCCUGCACAUGGGCCAGGUGAGGACUGGACUCCGCGCCUCGGGACGCCGCCUGGCCCAGUGCAGCGAGGUGAUCAUCAAGACGAAGAAAACAUUUCCCAUGCAGAUAGAUGGCGAGCCCUGGAUGCAGAUGCCCUGCACGAUCAAGGUCACCCACAAGAACCAGGUGCCCAUGCUGAUGGCACCGCGAUCGGAGAAGGGACGCGGGUUCUUCAACUUGCUGUGCAGCUGAUUCAGGCGCAGCGCAUCGAGCGACUUCAUGGGUCGGACCGCCCAGGAGUCGGCCGAUGAGCUGGAUGAUGACUUUCGGAUCGUGACUAGAAGCACCACCGUCCAUAACAUAGCCUAGCGUCAAUAGCUUUAGCCCCAGUCCACCCGCGAUCGCAUCGAAUUGGUUUACCCUAGGUUAAGGCUUCCCUUAUGAUGUGGUUAGAUGCGCUAUAUGUAUUAUUGUAUGCAUGUAUGUCGAGUGAGUUACAGAGCUUUAUAUUUAGUGUUAGACUAGCCAAAUAUACAUACAACCGAGUCAAGUCCAUUCCAAUGGGAUCCGAGUGCGGUGGCUGUAUAUAGCAAUACUGCUACGGCUUUAGGCCACAGGAUAUUUUAAGAACACUUUAAAAACGAUAACAUAGCGAAAAUUGUCCAAAGAUGCAACUGAAAUGAGACCAACCAAGCAACCAGAACAACAAACCAAACAAACAGCAUAGCAAUGCGAAUUUUAUGCCUUAGGCUAAGUAAUUUAUUCCGUCAUCACCAGUGGUGAGUGUUGCUGGGAUCGACGAGAUAUAUGUAUACCGACGUAAAACUAAGCACAUAUCAUUGAUUUUCGACUCGAGAUAAUGCAUUUGAGCAGCACUCGCCACUGACCUACGAACUUUACUUUUUUUUGGUAAUUUGGUAAUUUAUAUUGUAUAUAGCGAAACAAAUGUAACUUGACAUGCAAAUGUCAACUAAAUGGUGCAGCUUUAAACGAAAUUUUAUAUAUGAAUACAUAUAUUGUGAUGACACGAAUCGGAUGUUGAACAAUACUACAAACAUGUAUAUUUCAUAUAGUCGUAUAUCUAUUAUUAGUGCUACUAAGGUCCUAACAAAUACAAUACUCAUAGAAGAAUACCCAAAGCCUUUUCACCAUCCAAAAAUCAAGCACUUCUGGAGGGCCAACAUUACCCUCCAAAGUACAUUUUAGAUCGAAAAGCCACAUUCCAAGCAUUUUCGACACCACAUGCAAAUCUGGUAAAGGGAAAUCAUCAAAAAAUCUCGAUUGUUAAAUGUAGUAUCCCUAGAAAGUGUUUAGCUAGUAGUUAUUUAAUAACACAAAACCAAAGAGCACUAUUUUUGAACUAUUAGGUAAUAUGAGCGACACUUCUGUGGAAGAAACCUCAGAUGGAAUGUUAAUUGGAUAUACUCGCAAUAUAAUAUGUGUCCUUUGAAUCGUUACUCCCCUUAGAUGUUCGGAAAAUUAACGCUAAUUUAAAAGCCUAACCACAGUUUUUACAAUUCAAACCUAAUGUUAUGGAGCGCGUCAAGUUGUCCUAGUUAUUUUCCGAAUCCAAAUUGAGUUCUCCUUCUACGUGCCAUCCUAACCCUUGGACUUCCUCAGCAGGAUAUCCCAACUGCACACCAU